AUGUUCAUCGAUCUGGAGAAGGCAUAUGGUAGAGUACCAAGAGAGGAACUGUGGCACAGCAUGCGGGAAUCAUCGAUAUUGGAAGUGUAUGUAAGGGUGGCACAAGAUAUGUAUAUUGAGUGUAAGACAGCAGUGAGGAGUGCAGUGGGUACCACAGAUGGGUUUAAGGUGGAAGUUGGAUUACACCAGGGGUCAGCCCCGAGCCCGUUUUUGUUUGAUGUUAUCGUGGAUAAGUUAACUGGUGGACUUAGGGAAGGAGCUCCGUGGUAUAUGAUGUUUGUAGACGACAUUGUGUUAUGUAGCGAGGGUAGAGAAGUAGAUAAAGAUCUGGAAAGGUGGAUACUUGCAUUGGAGAGGUGUGGCAUGAAAGUCAGCAGAAGGAAGGCCAAGUAUCUCUGUCAGACUGUGAAGGAUCUAGCAAUGCUGAAGUCAUAG